AUGGCUAUGCUCAUUAGAACUUCAGUGCCGAAGCUAAGGCCGUCCUUGUUACUGAAAUGCUUCUAUGUUACUUCGUGUGCAGAGCCAUUAAAGAAGUUGUUUGACAGUCAGAAAUAUUUCACCAACUUUAAUCUGGCAGGGCGCUCAUAUCUUUCAUCGCCUAAUGUUGGACUCUUUAAGAACAGCAGGCUCAAGAAUCCCCUGGGCUUGAUCCAAUUUAGUGAAGAAUCGCUCUCGAAAGCUAAAGGCUUGGUCGAUAGUAUGCUUAUAGAUGCGAAAAAUACUGACAUUGGAAAGCUCACUUACAUCCGCAAACUAGAUCAGUUAAGUGAUAUACUCUGUCGAGUGAUUGAUGUUGCAGAAUUUAUCAGAGUUGCUCAUCCUAGCCAAAAAUGGGUGGAUGCAGCUCAGGAGACACAUGAGAUGAUGUUCGAAUACAUGAAUCAGCUCAACACGAAUGUUGAUCUCUACAAAAUGCUUGCCGAUAUUUUGGAUCUGGACCUUGUAAAUGAUUUAGGUACAGAAGAGAUCGAGGUGGGCAAAUACUUGCGUCAGGAUUUUGAGCGAUCGGGUAUCGCUAUGGACCCACAGACACGCGAUAACUUUGUGGCAAUUACUCAAGAAAUCUCGCUCUUGGGCUCUGCUUUUAAUAAUGAUAUACAUACAUUGGACUCAUAUUGGUGCUCUGUACCACGUCAUGAAUUAGAGCUGGUUUCAAGUUUAUCACUAAAGAAGCGCAUUAUGGAUAUGCAGUCGAGGGCACCAAAAACUACAGAGACUGAAGUAUCUAUUCCUUUAGUUGGCACUAUUCCCUAUGAAAUUUUGAGUCACUGUCCCUCUGAGUACUUAAGAAAAAAAGUUUGGAUUGCAUUACACAAUUCUCCCAAAAGCCAAAUCAAAACUUUGAACAAUUUCAUCAAAUAUAGAGCUCUCCUAGCUAAUAUGAUGGGCUAUAAAUCGUUUUCACAUUAUCAACUAGAACACAAGAUGGCCAAAACCCCUCAGAAUGUGAUUACUUUUUUGAAAAACUUGGAGAAAAGUCUACUCCUGAAAGAAAACGGGGUUAUCAAGGAACUUAAAGGUUUGUAUGCCGCGAAAGACGAUUUCAAUCCAAAUGCUGGGGUUGAUCAAGUGUUGGAUGAAGUGAAACCGUGGGAUAGGGAUUAUCUCUUAACUCGAAAGAGUGCGAUGAACCCGCAAGAGGAGAUUGAAGAAAAUAUUUCUGAGUACUUAUCAGUCGGUACAGUGAUGAAUGGAUUGGAUAAGCUCGUUCGAAGUAUCUACAACGUGAGCAUCGUUCCUGAAAGAACCAGCAAAGGCGAAACAUGGGAUCAAAAUCAAGUCAGGAAAUUGGGAUUUGUUGAUCUCUCUACAAAUGAACAUAUUGGUUAUUUGUAUGUUGACUUUUGGUCAAACAAGGUUUUGCCCUCCCAUUUCACUAUUGUUUGUUCUCGUGAGCUUAAUGUUGACUUGGGUACAGAAUCUCAGGUCGAAAUGAAAAAUUUGGUUCAUUUGAACAAAUCGGAAGACUAUCAACUCCCUGUUAUAUCGUUGGUGUGCAACUUUCAAAUGCCAAAAACAAGCACGAUUAAGAACUUCGCUGGCUGUGACAGGGACGUCCCUACUCUUCUUUCUUUAGAGCAAGUUGACACAAUUUUUCAUGAAAUGGGACAUGCUAUUCAUUCAAUGCUUGGUCGCACAAAACUUCAUAAUUUGUCUGGAACUAGAUGUCUGACUGAUUUUGUUGAGCUUCCAUCUGUUUUGAUGGAGCAGUUCAGUAAUGAUCCUAGAGUCUUAUGCAAGAUUGCAAAACAUCAUCAAACAGGAAAGCCAUUGAGCGAGAAGUUGUUGAAACAAUAUCAAGUGAGACGUGAUAUGCUCAAGGAAUGCGAAACUUACAUUCAAUCCAAAAUGGCCCUUUUAGACCAAGUUUUACAUGAUGAGAAUAUUAUUGAUUUUUCCGACGAAGAAGCGUUCGAAAAGUUUGAUUCCACGAAAAUUUACCACGAUUUGGAAAAACAGCUUAGAGUCUUUAGUGAUGAGUAUUCCACAUGGCAUGGAAAAUUCCCUCAUCUUUUUUCAUACGGGGCGGUUUACUACUCCUACUUGUUAGACCGUGCUAUUGCUGACAAAAUUUGGUAUGGACUCUUCAAGAGCGAUCCAUGGAGCAGAGAAGCGGGAGAGAAGUUCAAAGAGAGUGUUCUCAAAUGGGGUGGAACGAAGGACCCAUGGAACUGUUUGGCAGACGCAUUGGGGGACGAAAAACUAAGAAAUGGUGAUGCCGAAGCAAUGCAGAUCAUUGGCAACUUGUAA